UGUGCUUUCUUCUCGUCAUCAGCUUUUGUUUUCCGAUUUGCUCGGCCUCGCCGUUAGUUAACCCUGCCACCGCCCCGCCGUCUCUUCGAAGUUGCAUUUACUUAAUAUUUCUCUGUUCCGUCGUCGGUUUCGGGAGGGUUCCUUUUACUGGAAACUGGAAAGGGGGCAAUUGAAUUUUUGUUUUGGCUGGACAAUUUCAUUUCUGAGCCACGCCAAUGGCUAACAAGUCACUGAAUCGGCUACUAUGGAAUUUCUUUGUAGAAGAUUCGCCGUUCAAGAAGAGACGUGGGUUAUAUCAAGGAGUUGUUCACAAUGUAAUCAAGCGGUUUCAGUCGCAGUUAUCAGAAUCAGGCAAGGUAGAUAAGGAGUUGGAAGAACAUGAAGCCAAUAAAACGCCAAGCUUCUCUUCUUCGAGGUCCGGGUUAGAGAAUAGAAGACGAUUUGAAUCAGGCCUCGACAGUGAUAGCUCCGGUGAUGAAGAUACAGGUGAUGGAAAGUGGAAACUAGACCUAGCUUGGCUCACAAAAGCACUUGAGCCAGCUAUUCAAUUGCGUAGAUGGGCUCUUCCAACAGGAGAGAAAUCACAGCCUGGUAGUCGAUCUUUGUCAGAGAUCAUUGCUAGUAUUCAGAAGAGUAAGCUCGGGAUUGAAGGUUGGACUCUCGGUGAUCUUACAAUCGGUCUCUAUCUUAUUUACCUUAGACAAGCAUCCUUGUCUCCUUUUGAGGACGUCAAGGGCGUAGAAGUUGUUUCAGAAUCUACGGUUUAUGAUCUCAUAUACAACGCAGAGUUAGCAAAAGGUUGUUACAGGGAUAGUGUGAGUGGUCUUGCGAGGAACACGAUGCUUCGAGAGAAUAACAUUCUUAAAUUUGUGAAAGAUUCAAGCGUUAUGAGGCCUGGUUAUUACGUAGGAGUUGACCAUCGAAGGAAACUCGUAGUCUUUGGAAUACGCGGGACACAUACAAUUUAUGAUCUUAUCACUGACAUUGUCUCUUCAAGCGAUGAAGAGGUCACUUUUGAAGGCUACUCAACACACUUUGGAACCGCUGAAGCUGCACGGUGGUUCCUUAAUCACGAAUUGCAAACUAUAAGAAGGUGCUUAGAGAAAUACGAGGGAUACAAGUUGAGGCUUGUUGGUCAUUCUCUCGGCGGCGCUAUAGCUUCUUUAAUGGCGAUUAUGCUCAGGAAAAUGCCAAGGGAGGAAUUAGGAUUCGAUGCUGAAAUUAUUUCAGCCGUUGGCUAUGCGACACCUCCUUGUGUUUCCAAAGAGCUCGCAGAGAACUGCUCUGAGUUUGUGACAACUAUUGUGAUGCAGGAUGAUAUAAUACCUAGACUAAGUACAGCCUCUCUAGCGAGAUUGAGGAAUGAAAUCCUUCAGACAGAUUGGACAAGUGUAAUCGAAAAAGAAGAAUGGAAGAGCGUACUAGAUUUGGUAACAAACGCGAAACAAGUUGUCUCCUCAGUGCAAGACGCAGCUCGGAAAGUUUCUGAAUAUGCAAAAUUCGGAAACAAGAAAGAAUUUCCUGAACUCCCUUCAUCCAAGAACGACCGGUCUGAUGCACUAAUCCCUGAUUCUACGAAUAAAGAUGUUGUAAAAUUGCCAGAAGAGUUAUAUGUACCGGGCGCGGUUUACUACCUGAUGAGGAACCUAAGAGGAAACCCGAAAGGCGGAUCAGGAAAAAGAGUUGAAUACUUUAGUCUAUGGAAGAGAGAUCCAGGACAACAUUUUCAGAGGAUACUUCUCUCAGGUAAUUUCAUUACAGACCAUAAAUGUGAUAGCCAUUACUACGCGCUGCGAGAUGUGCUCAAAGGAUUUCCCAGUUUCAUCGACGAAAACAUCUUUAAGAAGCAAUGCAAGUGAGAUGUUUGUCUCGUCUAUGGUUAGAACGUAAUGUUUAAGUUUGUCGGCAAACACUUUAAGAAUAAAUUAUCAGUUAAUCACAGCUUCAAGAGUGUUUACCUUGGAAAUUAUAAAAGUUCAAA